CUUGGGUUCGUCUUUGGGGAUUGUGGUGAAAGAUACUCAAUCUCUCAAACUGAGUCGUGUCAUGGAUGGCAAAUUUAAUUUGCAUCUACGGAACAAAUCGGGGAAUAUAGAUUAACUGCUGCUGACAGAGACAAGGACAAAUGACAUAGGAUGAACACUGCUGGUCAUCUCUGUCUGUCUGUGCUGUCAUUCCUCUUCGCACUGGCCUGGGCCGUGGAGCCGCUGGGUCAGGCUGCCCCCUGUUCCUCUCUGGUGGCCGGAGUCUUAUAUGGCUCCUUCUCGCUCAAGGAUCUCUUUCCCAGCCCAUUGACUCUGGCAUCUGGAUGCUCCUGGACUGUGGAGAACCCUGACCCCACCAAGUACUCACUGUAUUUCCGCUUCAAUCGCCAUGCUGGUGCCUGUUUAGCUUUUUCCCCGGUGGUUCUGCCCCUGGACCACUACCUCUCAAAUCAGACUUGUGGUCCCCCAGACCAGCCCUUUCCUUCAGACUCGGAAGCCGUUGAGCUAUGCAUAGUCCCCGGACCACACACUUUCCUGCAGUUUGAUAAGAACUUUGUGCAGUUGUGCCUGACCGCUCACCCCAGCCCUGAAAAUGGCAGCAAUGACGAACAAGGGACAUCCGAGGGCCAGGCCCCUUUGCCAGCAGAAACUCUGGACUUCCGGCUUGUAGAAGUUUUGCUCAUCAACAACGAGAACUCCAGUCAGUUUACGUGUGGAGUGUUAUGUCGAUGGUUCGAGGAAUGCUUGCAUGUAGGCUCAGGAUGGGAAGUCGAGAGUUGCAGUAUCACCCAGACAGGUUGUGUGUGCCCGAACACCGCUCCUCCAGUGUCGCUUCUGCCCACCAUGCCCCACAACCACUCCUUGGACCCCAGCGCGAGUGUGUUGCAAUCACCGCCUGACGACUGUUGUGUCACACAGCUGCAUUUGAAGAAUGGCAUUGCGAUAGCACCAAGGGAUGUCCGGCAAGAACCUGAUGAUGACGAGCAGAAGGUGAAGGUGAAGACGCAGAGGCCGCGGUCAGCUGACCAGCCAGGUGUGUUUCAAGCACAAACAGGUGACCCAGCAGCAGAGGAGUGGUCUCAGUGGAGUGUGUGUUCGCUGACAUGUGGGCAGGGUUGGCAAGUUCGUUCUCGUUCAUGUGUGUCUUCUCCUUACGGGACCCUCUGCAGUGGCCCGCUGAGGGAGACCCGACUCUGCAACAACACUGCCACCUGCCCAGGUGACCCGCAGCAUCAAGCAGUGCAUGGGCUGUGGGAAGAGUGGUCUCCAUGGAGCCUGUGCUCUGCCACGUGUGGCCGUGGUUCUCGGACCCGGAGCAGGAUCUGUGUGGUACCCCAGCAUGGAAGCAUGGCCUGUGGGGGGCCCGAGGUGCAAACCAAACUCUGCAAUAUAGCUGUAUGCCCUGUGGAGGGGCAAUGGUUGGACUGGGCAUCCUGGUCUCAGUGCUCCGUUUCUUGCGGUUCCGGCACUCAGCAGAGGCAGCGGCGUUGCAGUGUGUCGGUACACGGCUGGGCGGAAUGUAAUGGGCCACAUGCGGAAACUCGUGAGUGCGCUAACCUAUCUUGUGGGGGUGGAGGGAACUGGGGUGCAUGGAAUCACUGGAGCCUUUGCUCCAAGACUUGUGACUCUGGUUGGCAGCAGCGCUUCCGUAUGUGUGAGGGAACUGGAAUCCAGGGAUACCCCUGCGAUGGCUCUGGAGAGGAAGUACGCGCCUGCAAUGAAAAGAAGUGCCCAGCACCUCAUGAAAUGUGUAAAGAUGAAUACCAAGUAUCCAUGACGUGGAAGAGAGCCUCAGCUGGAGAGACUGUGUACAACAAGUGUCCAUCAAAUGCCACUGGAUCUGCUAGUCGUCAUUGUAUGCUGGGCAUUAAUGGAGUUGCUUACUGGGGUCCUCCGAGCUUCGCCCGAUGUGUCUCACUUGAAUAUAGAUAUUUACAUUUAUCUUUGCGAGAACAUCUUGCGAAGGGUCAGAGGACCCUGGCAGGGGAGGGCAUGUCUCAGAUCGUGAGGAGUCUCCUGGAGUUAAUGUCCCGUAAGAGUUAUUAUAGCGGUGACCUCUUAUUCUCCGUGGAGAUUCUCCGAAAUGUGACGGACACCUUCAAGCGAGCAACCUACAUCCCAGCUCCUGACGACGUGCAGAAAUUCUUCCAGAUAGUUAGCUUAAUGUUGGACAUUGAAAACCUGGAGAAGUGGGAAGAUGCUCAUGAGGUCUCUGCAGGUUCCGUCUUGCUGAUGCGAGUCGUGGAAGACUUCAUUCACCUAAUUGGAGAGGCUCAGAAACCAUUCCAGAGCUUUCUGGUUGUCACCAACAACCUCAUCAUCACUAUACAGCGAGAGCCAGUUUCAGCUGUUUCUAGCGACAUCAACUUCCCAAUGAAGGGGAGAAGAGGGAUGAAAGACUGGGCACGCUCCGCAGACGACAAACUAUUCAUCCCUAAAGAGGUCUUCACUCUGUCUUCAGAUGAGUCAGACGACACACCAUACUUCGUCAUCGGAGCCAUCCUGUACCGCACCCUUGGCCUCAUAAUGCCUCCACCUAAAGAUCCAUUUGUGAUCAGCUCAAAGAUUCUGACAGUGACCGUACGUCCUUUACCAAAGCCCACUGAGCCCUUGGUAUCUGUGGAACUCGUCUCUUUGCUCAAUGGCACGACAGAUCCUCAGUGUGUCGUCUGGGACUAUGGAAACCCAGAGGCUGGCGAAGAAAACUGGGACGCAGAGAGCUGCCAAACGCUCCCAUCGCUGGCAGUCUCCCACACCAAAUGUCUGUGCAGAAAGCUGUCCACCUUUGCAGUGUUAGCGCAGAAAGCUAAAGAACCGGAUAUGGGGCCCUCCAGUAUGCCAUCUGUGCCCCUCAUGGUGGGCUGUGGCAUAUCCUGCACGGCUCUAUUCAUUCUGCUGCUUAUUUACGCUGCCUUCUGGAGGUACAUCCGUUCAGAGAGGUCCAUCAUCUUGGUGAACUUCUGCAUGUCCAUAUUGGCCUCCAAUGUGCUCAUACUGGUAGGACAGUCCCAAACUCUCAGUAAGGGACUGUGCACUGUGACUGCUGCCUUUUUGCACUUCUUUUUUCUUGCCUCUUUCUGCUGGGUACUGACGGAGGCAUGGCAGUCCUACCUGGCCGUGAUUGGAAAGAUGAGAUCACGCCUCAUUCGCAAGCGCUUCCUGUGCCUGGGCUGGGGUUUGCCUGCUCUUGUGGUUGCUGUAUCUGUGGGAUUCACCCGGGCUAGAGGUUACGGCACACCAAGUUAUUGCUGGUUGUCUCUGGAAGGGGGGCUGCUCUAUGCAUUCGUCGGUCCCGCUGCUGUCAUUGUACUGGUCAACAUGCUUAUUGGAAUAGUGGUCUUCAACAAGCUUAUGUCUAGAGAUGGCAUCUCAGACAAGUCCAAAAAGCAGAGAGCAGGCCCGCCAUUGGAGGCGCGUAGCAGGCUGCUCCUGAAAUGCUCCAAGUGUGGGGUGAUCUCCAGCACGGCCCUGUCCAGCUCCACCGCCAGCAGCGCCAUUGCAUCUUUAUGGAGCUCUUGUGUGGUUCUCCCCCUGUUGGCGCUCACAUGGAUGUCAGCAGUGCUGGCCAUCACAGACCGCCGCUCCACCCUUUUCCAGGUGCUCUUUGCCGUCUUUGACUCAGUCCAAGGCUUCGUCAUCAUCACAGUGCAUUGUGCCAUGCGCCGAGAGGUACAGGAUGCAGUGCGCUGUAGGAUGGGUGGCUGCAAAGACGACAGUGAAAACUCUCCAGACUCCUGCAAGAACGGCCAGGUGCAGAUCAUGAGGUGCCCGCACAGGCCCAGCCUCUACAGUCAGGAACAGUGUGGCUCCCUCCGAUAUUCGCCUGUGUGCUGCCAAGGCUGCCAUCAAGCCUGCCACACCCACCCUCCACUAGCCUUGGCCAAUCACAGUCAUGGGCACAGUCAUAACCAUGCCCAUGUUCUCAGCCAGAACCACACCCAGACCCUAAACCACACCCACCUCCUCAAUCACAACCAUGCCCAUUCUCUCAACAAAAACCACUCCCACACCCUUGACAAGAACCACACCCAUACUCUUAACCAGAACCACAUCCAUACUCUCAACACCACAGACAUCCUCAACCACAACCAAAGCCAGAACCUGGUCCUGGAGCAAAACCAGACAACCACGGACUUUGAGAAAGAUGUGGACUUGGCAUGUCAAACGGAGAGAGGACACCCAUUCAUCUUUAAGGAAGUGAACACCUGUAACCCUGCUACCAUAACUGGCACUCUAUCCCGUAUCUCCUUGGAUGAUGAGGAUGACCCUAAGCUUGUAGCCCACCAGGAAGGAGUCAACUUCAGCAGCCUACCUGGGAACAUCCCUCCCCCUAACCUUUUAAUCCAAGUACCUCCUCUGGGUCCCCUGAAUGAGCUCAGUGAGCAGACACUAAAAAAAGAAGUCAAUGUGGAACAGCAAGGUCAGCACCAGCGAUCUGGACCCAUCUACUUGUGCACUGAGAGUGGGCUGGGAUGGGCCCGACCGAACCCUACUUCCACUCAAGAUUCAGUUGGUGGAGGAGGUGGGGAAGGGGACUACAUGGUGCUCCCACGUCGGACAGUCAGUCUCAAGCCCCCUCCUCCACCCCAGGAUGACAGCAAUCCCCUGAACAUUACAGUAGACGACCCACCCUUUCCUCCACCCCCUUCACCCAUGACUCUACAUCCAGCCGAGAGCGAGGCCUACCCUGUGGACUUUGCAGCGGUGGACCACAUCAACAUAAAUCUAAACCGCUCCUAUGGCAUGCUGAAACAGCUUCCAGCCCAUGCCGGGCACACACACUCCCACACCAACACCCACACCCUGCAGGUCAAGCAGAAUCGGCCCUCUGUCCGACAGAUUCUUACCUCGGGCACAGUGGAGCGCACCAGAACCCUUCCUCGCAACCUGGGCAGCACCAACACCAGCCUCUCAGCAGGAUCUUUGGAAAAGAAAAGAGUACGGUACUCUGAGAUGGACUUUCAGAAAGUGAUGCACACUCGCAAAAGACACUCAGAGCUGUACCAUGAACUCAACCACUCCAACAAGUUCCACACCAUAGACAGGUAUAACAGGGAACCUGCCAUGUCGUCCUUCAAGAGGGAAAAGCGAUGGAGCAUUUCGUCUGCCGGAGGUGAAAAGAAUUCUUCGAGUGACAAGUCCACCACAGAUGACCAACGAUCCUGGGAUAGCUUUAAGACCAUGACCCCUGAGCAGACGUGUGGCUCCAAUGAACAUAAGGACAGACUGGAGUUAUGCAGUAAACCCUGGGACACAUCGUCCAUCAACACACCUGACACAUCCGAAGGAGACUUCCAGACUGAAGUGUGAAGAGAACACACGUCCACUGCAAACUAAAGAGACAACUAAAUGCUCUUACAAACUCACACAGUCAGUGAUCUUCAGCAAAAUGUGUUCUAGAGGAUUCUGUACUUGUUUACAGGUGUGAGAGAAGAUCAGACGAUCAGAAAAUAACAGUGCUCUAUUCUAUAUUUUCACACAGAGACUUUAAAUGAAAGAUUGAGGCUUGGAGAGUAUGGUACACAUUUUUAACAAACUGUUUCUGAAAUGUCUUGAUUUUACUCCAGAAAGGAUUCUCUUUCUCCUGUUUGAUGAUUUGGGAAUUUAACAAAUAAUAUUUGUGCACCCCUUUAUAUAUAUAUAUAUAUAUAUAUAUAUAUAUAUAUAUAUAUAUAUAUAUAUAAAGAAGAAAAAAAGAUGAUUCGCACACUGUUUAACCCCUCCUUUCUGUCUUCUAAUUACUUGGAUGAUUCAAGUUCCGCUUUUCUUUUUUAUUCAUUUUUCAGUGAAAAGGAGGGGUAGGUUUGAAAGUGUUCAUUAAUAUGUGCCAUCCACUACCUUUUUUCCCUAGAUCAGGCGUACUGUACUCACAUCCUUCUUUUAGCUUUGUGUUUUUCUAUAUUCUUUGUUGAAUCUUUCUUCAUGCUUUGUUUGAAUUUAUUUGUAUUUUUUUUUUUUUUUUUUUUUUCCUAAAGCAAAAGGUUUGGAUAGAAAAGAAAAACAAAUCACCUAAAUGCAGGUAUCAUGUUUCAAAAUCCCUCAUUGCUGCAGGAUUUUGUUUUAUUUAGGUUCUCCAAAAUGUUGGAUGAAAAAUAUUGUGCUAUACAUGCAAAUUAAAUUUGCUGCACACAUUCAUGUGCAUGUGAACACAAAGCCUUCAGUAUUACAGAAACCAACCAAAUGAAUAACACUGUUAUUUUUUCUCCAGUUAUGAAAAAGCUAUGGUAUUCCAGAACAUGCUUACCCAGUUAGAGUUUACACUGUCUGGAUCUUACAUCAGAGAAUUACAUUUUACAGUUGAGAACUGUAUAUUUUUAAAGUAUAGUUCACCCAAAAAAUUUAUAUUCUGUCAUAAUUUACUCACCCGUGAUGUUGUUCCAAACUAUAUGGCUUACUUCCUUAUCAAAAUCACAGCAUCAGUCAAAAUUAACUUUCAUUGUAUGAAAAAAAAAAAAAAAAAACAAGAUGCAAUGGACCUGAAUUUUGACUGAGUCUAACAUACUGCCUAACAUCUCCUUUUGUGUCCCACAGAAGAAAGAAAUUCAGGCAGGUUUAAAACAACUUGAGGGUGAAUGCAUUAUAACCAGUUCAUUAGUUGUGUUGGCUGAUGUAACACCACAUGGAGACUCAGAGGGUGAAAGUGUGUGAGAGAGAGAACAGGAGAGAGAGAGGUGUAGUAAUUAUCUUGGGGGAAUAACAAUUUGUCCUGACAUUUUCUUACUUGGCGCAAAUUUCAUCUGCUCACAGAUCCCUGAAGUCAGCACAUCAUAUAGGCACAGAUGGCAAGACAAGAGCAUGCCAUUUCAACCUUUGGAAUUAAUCUGCACUAAUGCAGAACAUGGACUCCCUCUCCCAAUGAAAUAUCUCUAAGGGUGCUUUCACACUUGGUUCGAUUGCUUGGACCGAACCCGAGUUUGUUUCCUCCCCCUGCCCCCUCUGGUCUCUGUUCACAUCAUAGUUUUUGGGUCUGAACCACGGUCCGAUUAUGUCAUCAGCGCAAGUACAAGCGGCAGCUGUUUACUACUGUAACUAGGCAACAACUCAAAAAGACAUUAGCUUCACUGUGUUAUUGAAGUAUUCAUCUCUUUGGAUUUACCACCAAAACUUUACAUGCACAAAAUGACAAUUAUGUUUAUCUGCCACAGAUGCAUUGAAUGUGCAAUGAUGUGAAGAAUAUUAGCGUUUGUCUGCUGUGAGCCUGCUGAUAUGUUGCAAGAGUGAAGAAUGUGAGCUGCUCUGAAGGUGAUUUAUUUGGACAAAAGCUGGUAUGAGAAAUUCAUUAAACCAUAAUAAUUGCGAUCGGAAGCCUGCAAAGACGUGAAUUAUAUAUCAUCAGUAAGGGUUCACAAUUUGGUAUGAUUGCACUCAUAUUAGCAGCGAACCGCACCGGAGUUCACAUGAACCAAACCCCAGACCACCUUCUUAAGUGGACUCGGGUGUUGUUUGCGGGUACGCACCCAAUUUCGGAAAACAGCGUUCACACCACCCAAACGAACCGAACUUUUACAUCAUUCGAACUCAGGUGCACACCAAAAGUGCUAGUGUGAAAGCACCCUAAACCACUACGGCAAUUAAAACUAGUUUCUCCUCUCCUUUCUCGAACAUGAUUCAAUAAAGACUGAACAGUGCCAUCAUUUUUGGGAAUACAGUAUGUGUGGUUUAAUAAUAAAGCCAUAUUCAUAGCAACAGUGUGACAGAAGUCCUUAAUUUUCAAAGAUAGUUGAUGUGAAGACAUUGGAGCUCAAAUGGUACAUCUCCUUUGAGAUACUGUAGUCAAAAUAAGGCAAGAGAGAGGACAAGCUGAUGUUACUUUGAGUGAUUUCAUUGUUCUGUAUGAUUUAAAAAACAUUCCAAAAUUGUUGACAUUAUGAGCGAGUUUGAUUUAUACAUUGAUAAUCAUUAAUGAUUCUUGUUCAUGAAAUGAUGUAUUAUGCUGCAAUUUAUAUAUAAACACUUUCCCCUGGAGGACAUAUAUUUUUUAGUUGGAAAAUGAGCGAUUCCUUGACAAAUUAGAAUGUCCAGCAAUACGUCCCAUUUGUGUUAACUGAUUUUCAAAAGCUAUGGCCAGUUGUGCAGUCCAUCAAUAACAUUAGGGCAUCCAGCGACAGGAACACAGUAGUAACCAGUAGUACAGCCACUAGUUGCUGUCAGUGUGAAUGGGGCGUUUGCGUGUUUGGGAUUUAGAUUUUAACUGAAAGGGAGUGUGGUCAUUCUCCUCUAUUUUCGUAGAAACACCUUAGCAGUUUUAGCCUUGUUUUAAAAGAUCAGUUUGACAAACCAUCAGGUAAGUCGUCCAUUUCAACUCUACAAGCCGUUCUCUCCUCAACAAUGCAGCUGAAAGCAUACCCUGCUUUGUUCACAGUGCCUGUUUUUGUUUUUGUUGCUAUUUUGUCUGUUGCAGUUGUUGACCGUUUAUAGUUUUGUCAUUUCACUUUUUUUCUCUGUUUACAAGUGUUGGGUUUGUAAUAUACAUUUACAGAUCCCAAACUUAUUGUAGCUAGAACAUUACACCGAAAACAAACUAUGUUUUUGAACAGAUUUAUGUAUUACUCUUAAAAUAAAAAAAAUACAAAAAUACAAAAAAUACAAAAACUGGAGAAUGGCCUUACAGUGACAACAUUUAUGAGACAUGUAUUGAAGAUUUAAUGUUUCCUUGGACUUCCUGAUCUACAGGAUUUUUCUUUCUUUUUUCAUAACUUGUCAUGUUUGAAACUUUGGCUCCUCCCCCUACCAUCUCAUACAAUCCCAUUGGCUAAAGAAGAUGGCUAUCACAGAGAAUCCUCCUUGCACCAUUUAAGUUUUUUUAUACGUAAGACUGUAAAAAGUAGUCCUCUACUGUUUUCAUAGAGUGUCCUUUUAUAUGAAAAUAAAUUUUCAA